AUGGGGUCUUUUCUUGCAAGAGCCCUUGUGCUGGUUUUUGGUUAUGCUUAUCCGGCUUAUAACUGCUUCAAAUCUUUGGAGAAGAAUGAGCCAGAGAUUGAGCAACUUCUGUUUUGGUGCCGUUACUGGAUUAUAGUUGCUAUGCUUACCGUCUUUGAGAGAGUUGGGGAUACUUUUAUUUCAUGGUUACCAAUGUACAAUGAAGCGAAGUUGGCGCUCUUUAUAUAUCUAUGGUAUCCUAAAACAAAGGGAACAAUAUAUGUUUAUAACUCCUUCAGGCCCUAUUUGGCAAAACAUGAACCGGAAAUUGAUCGUAACCUAUCGGAGUUGAGGGUUAAGGCUGUGGAUAUUGCAAUUUUUUAUUGGCAGAAGGCUCUGAGUUAUGGUCAGGCAAGAUUUUUUGAGAUUUUGCAAUAUGUUUCUUCUCGAUCAACAGCUCAACCUCACUCUAAUCAACAGAGUAGUUGUCUAGUUGGUGACGUCGGGAAACCGGGGUCCCCUGCAAUUGCUACAAUUGAGAGAUGCCCACUUAAGGCCUACCUGCCCCAAACAAGAGCUCAGGUAGUUCAGGCAGAUAGCCCCAUCAAAAGCCUCUCACAAUUGCAAGGAAUAAACAAGGAGAUUGCAAGGAAUCCCGAUCCAAUGUCGAGCAUGUAG